AUGAUUGGUCGUUCAACUUCUAUGCUUCCUUUGCGUCUUGUCAGGCAAAAGUCUUCCAGCACAGGCUCCUCUUCCACAUCAGCCAUGGCUUACAAGUCUUUGCACCGCAACCAAAAGAGACCACCUUUGCCAACUUUCGAAACUCCAAACUGGUCUGCAGACGCCGCCGUUUCAUCUAUCUUAUAUGAAACACCAGUUGCAUCUAAGGCUCCUAGAAAGCAACACGUUUUGAACUGUUUAGUCCAAAACGAGCCAGGUGUGCUUUCUUCUGUUUCAGGUACUUUGGCUGCAAGAGGUUUCAACAUUGACUCGCUUGUUGUCUGUAACACUGAAGUUAAGGACUUGUCUAGAAUGACCAUUGUUCUCGCAGGUCAAGACGCUGUUAUUGAACAAGCCAGAAGACAAAUCGAAGAUUUGGUACCAGUUUAUGCUGUUUUGGAUUACACCAAUGCCGAAAUCAUUAAGAGAGAAUUAUUAUUGGCCAGAGUUUCCUUAUUGGGACCAGAAUACUUCCAAGAAUUAAUUGCUAGUCACAAAUUAGUGUCGUCUGAUGCAUCUUCUAUACCAGACUUGUCGGCACCGGAAUCUUCGUUCCACCCAAACAACUUGGCUCCAUCUGAAGCCUUGAGACAAAAGCAUAACCAUUUGGAACACAUUUCUACUAUAACUGAGAAGUUCGGUGGUAAGAUUGUUGAUAUAAGUGAUAGAAACGUGAUUGUUGAAUUGAGCGCCAAACCAUCCAGAAUUUCUUCAUUUACUCAAUUAUUGCAACCAUUUGGUAUUUUGGAAAUUGCAAGAUCCGGUAUGAUGGCCUUGCCAAGAACUCCAUUGGAUGGACACGUUGAGGAAGAAGAUGUUGUAGAUGCUGCUGAUAUCGUUGAUGUCAGUCAAUUACCACCUGGUUAA